UUCUCCUCCUCAGUAAAGCCAGUCCUGCUCAAGCCACCCAAAAAUGCCCCACCUCUGCAGCCCCCAAUGCUAAAAACGUCAAACAGAUGCUUCUGGACUGGUGCAAGGCCAAAACGGAGCCAUAUGGGGGAGUGGACAUCCACAACUUCUCCUCCAGCUGGAAAGAUGGCAUCGCCUUCUGCGCUUUGGUGCACCGUUUCUUCCCCGACGCGUUUGAGUAUUCCACCCUGAACCCGAACAAGGCCAAGGACAACUUCCAGCUGGCGUUUAGUACCGCAGAGAGGCUGGCCGGCUGUCCCCCACUGCUGGACCCCGAAGACUUGGUCCGGAUGAAGGAGCCUGACUGGAAGUGCGUUUACACGUACAUCCAGGAGUUCUACCGCUGCCUGGUUGAAAAAGGCCUGGUCAAAACCAAAAAGAGGGCUUAGUCUCUUGGCUGGACAUUCGCAUUUAAACAAAGUCAAGUAGACACAUUCGGUUUGCCGUGAAGAAAUGGAAGGCAUAGCUUUGGAACGUGAUCAUUAAUGGACCCUUGAUCAGGUACAUCCACACAGACAGAGAGUGCAAAAUCUGCCUUUUCAAACAAUAAAAUGCAGUUUGGAUUGACACGAUCGGAGAAGUAUUCCCUGACUUAUUGCAGAGAUCCAUUACGAUGACACACAUUUUCAGUUACAAAGGUUCAUUUUCCAAUUCAAGCAGUCCCUUUUAUUCAUGUUGUGGUCAGUGAUAGAUUGAUCCAGAAGACAAUCGUUUUGUCAAUCUAUUGACGUUAAAUAUUUUUACUUUAUUAAAAUGGAUUAACGAUUGUAUGUGAAGGGCCACCUCCUCUCAGUUUAUAUGUUAUUUGCAUUUUCUUGAUUGAAAGAAGGACAAAAAUGUGUUAAGAUCAGAAAAUGCAUUGUUGGGGAUUGGAGGAAAUCAAGGAUUUUAAUUGAAGGCUAUUAUCACCCUGCCUUCACAUUAUUGUUUCCAUGGGAGACACCGGAAAUGUUGAAUUGAAGUUUUAGGUCAAAUUAGGCCCGAUUGUUUUGCUGUAUGUUUGUACCCUCAAAUGCAAAUGCACCCAUCAUAGUUGAGUCGUAAUUACAAAAAAAAAAAAAAAACAUUUGUAUGAAAAAGUCUUAGGCUAUAACGCUAAAUAAAUUCCUUACCUUUACUCCUACGGUUA